AAGUAUGACAACAUCUCUGAUUUCACAAGAUAUGAUGACGACCAUGACCCCGAACACGGUGAAGAAGAAGUUUUACAAACAUCCAUUAAGACAGGAAAGGUUUUAACUCAAAGUCUCAUUAUUGACACCAAAGAUGGCGAAGUGGACGUUCUUCAAGAGCUGAAGAAAAAUACUUCUUCGGGAGGUGGUGGUAGGCAUGAACUUGAAAUAAAUGAGAUAGAAGAGAAAUUAGCCGAAAAAGCAGAUAAAAACCAUGUUCAUUAUAUAACUUCAGACGAACAGAUUAUAACGGACUACCAUGGAUAUUUAACACAGGAUGAAAAAGUGAAGACGGAAGAUGUUAAUGAAAGAAGAUAUAAAUUCAUUCGUGCUAAAGGUUAUGACAUACACUGUACUGUACAGUAUGACACAGGUAAAGCACCAGAAGCAUUUGGUUAUAACAAUGAAAUUUAUGCUUCAUACUUCUUUGUUAACGGUGUAUUAGUUGAACCAAGAUUUAUGUUGAGAGUUAAGGCAAAAAUAACUUUUGAAGAUGCUAUUAAAAGUAAAGCCAGCAAAGAUGAACUUGACGCAAUGAACAAAGUUUUGAAAUCUCAUAAACACAAUAUCUCCGAUAUAAAUGAACUUCAAGCUACAUUAAAUAGUAAAGCUGAAAAGAACCAUACACAUGAAUCCUUCACUACUGUUAGAGCAGACGACAUAAUAUUGAACUAUACCCUUGGUUCAAGUGCACCUUUAGAGAAUCCAAGUACAAGCGUAAAAGAUACACUAAACUCCUUAAAUAACAGAUGUAUGAACAUUGAAGGUCAUACCAGAAACUUUGAAACACAUGAACUACCAGCAAUGUUAGAUAAGAAAGCAGAUAAAGAACAUACACAUGAAUCCUUCUCAACUGUUGCUAUAGAAAGUAUUGAAGGAACGGUUGACGGAACUGAUGGGGAUGCAUUAUAUUGUAAACCUCCUAACUUUCCACAAGGUUUAACAUCGAAUGAAAACAUAACAACAAAGAAAAACAUUAGAUGUAAAAAUGUUUAUGUCAUGAAGGAUGAAAAUAAUAUUAAAUUCACUGCUCAAGAUUUA